AAACCGCUGGACCUACCGUUACAGCUGUUAGCAGAGGUUGAUGGAUGCAAGUGUGAAACGACGGACGUCGUACGUUCAUGAUGAAGUUUUCUUGUCUGCCUGUGAUCAGUACCCGGCCGUCCUCGGGAGGGCCAGUAGGGUACACUCUCUGAUAGCUUCAUAUGGUCUCCUGAACCACAUGGACAUCAUCCCAUGCCAAGCUGCAACUGAAGAUGACAUUCUCAAUUUCCAUUCAUUGGAAUAUGUGGAAACUUUGAAAAUGGGUGAUAGUGAGGAACUCCAAGAGUCAUCUGCCAUGUCGGAAUUUGGUCUUGAAUAUGACUGUCCUCUUGUGGAUGACCUAUGGAAGACAAUCCAGUUUGUAGCUGGUGGGACGUUGACUGCAGCAUGUGCAUUGACUGAAGGGAAAUCAUCCAUUGCUAUCAACUGGUGUGAUACGGCUAUUUUUUGCAGAGAUGAGGCAGCUGGAUUCUGUUAUGUGAAUGAUGUGGUUCUUGGGAUCCUGAAGUUGAGAUGUGUCUUCCAUCGUGUCAUGUACAUUGACCUUGAUGCCCAUCAUGGAGAUGGUGUUGAAGUGGCUUUCAACUAUUCUGACAAGAUCCUGAAUGUGUCAAUUCACUGCAGAGAGCCAGGGUUCUUCCCUGGCACUGGUGACACAGAAUCGGUGGGCUUAGGUCGUGCUGCAUUCACUGUGUUCAACAUCCCUCUCAGGACUGGAGCCAGAGAUUCCUCUUUUCUUCAUGUUUUCCUUAAGAUAGUGCCACGCCUAUGGGAAGUGUGGAAACCAGAUGCUGUGGUGGUGCAGUGUGGAGCAGAUGGUAUCACAGGGGACCCUCUUGGUGACUCCAAUCUCACUCCAGUUGCUCUUGCUGAAGCACUCAAGACCAUCCUCUCCUGGAAUUCCCCAACUCUCAUCCUUGGUGGUGGUGGAUACAAUGUACCAAACACAGCAAGAUGCUGGACAUACCUGACAUCAGUGAUCUUGGGGUUGAGCCUUCAUUCAGACAUUCCUGAACAUGAGUAUUUUUCAGAGUAUGGUCCUGGAUUCCAGUUGGAGAUCACCCCAGGCCUGAGAAAUGAUCUUAACACUCCUGAGUACCUAGAAAAAGUUCUUUCAGACCUGAAUGGUAAGUGCAGAUGA